AUGUUAUUCUUCUUUAUUAAUUUCAUUAUUAGAGAGUUUUAUUUCAAAUUAAGUACUGAUUCUCCUGAGUUUACCUGUAGUGAAGAUAUGUUAGAUACUGAUUCUUCUAGAUUUAUCAGUGAUAAAAGUAUAUUAGAUGCUGAUUCUUUCAAGUUUGUUAGUGAAUCUUGA